AUGGGCUUCUCCUUCAUGGACCUGUCCGUGAACCGCCGAGCCGCUGUGGUGUCCGUCUUCAUCCUGCUGGCCGGACUGGCCUUCGGGCUCUCCCUGGACGCCAACGCGCACAUCCCGCGACCGUGGAACCGCGUGUCCAGCAUCAUCGGCUGGAUCUACUUCUUCUGCUGGAGCGUGAGCUUCUACCCCCAAGUGUUCCUGAACCGCCAGCGCCGCAGCGUCGUGGGGCUGUCGCUGGACUACACGGUACUCAACAUGCUGGGCUUCACGUGCUACUCGGUGUUCAACGUGGCGUUCUACUACAGCGAGAGCGUGCAGCAGCAGUAUAUGAGACGUCAUGGCGGCCACCGCAAUGCCGUGGAGCUCAACGACGUCUUCUUCUCACUGCACGCAGCAGUGCUGGUCGCGGUGUCGCUCUUCCAGUGUGCGAUCUACCCUCGUGGAGGGCAGACGGUGAGCAAGCCUACCAUUCUGUGGACGGGUGGGACAGUCGUCGCUGCGGUGCUGUUUGCAUUGGCCGUGCUGUUUACCGGUGACAAGGAAGACUCCGCGAUCAACACGCUCAACCUGCUCUACCUGCUCAGCUACGUGAAGCUCAUGACGACGCUGGUCAAGUGCCUCCCGCAGAUCGCGCUCAACUACCAGCGGAAGUCUACGGUUGGGUGGACCAUUUGGAACGUGCUGCUGGAUAUCGCUGGAGGAUUGCUGUCGAUCGGCCAGCAGGUGCUGGAUGCUGCGGCGACCAACGACUGGACGGCUAUGACUGGAGACCCGGUGAAGUUCUCGCUGGGAUUUGUGAGUAUUAUUGUGGACGUGGUGUUCAUCCUGCAGCACUACGUGUUCUACGCGGAGAACAACCACUUUAUGCUGCACGGAGGAGAGGCCAAGCCGUUCUUGCCCAAGUAA